AUGAAUUCGAGUCAUGAUGCAUCGGCACCGAAUAAGGACCGUGAUAAUUCUCCCCCAAUCAACCCUGCUCAAUUUGUAAAUGUGAUACAGCAUCUAUUGAUUGGUUGGGUUAAAGUAGAUGAAGAAGAAACGUCAAAUUUUCGAGAUCGCCUUCUCCCACUUAUUAUUGGAUUGCUUAGAACUGCAAAACUCCCUAAUGUGUUGAGAUUAUACCGCGAUACACUUACUGCAGAUAUGAAAAGUGCUAUUAAGACUGCAGUUGCGGAGUUGCUUCCAGUUCUCGUUGCGCGAUCUCAGGAAUCAGAUUACACUCCAGCUGAACGAAUGGUGGAUACAGAUGGUGGAGGCUCGCUUGCAAGUAAGUUGAGAAGUUUAUCAUCUGAAAGCUUUGUUCAACUUUUGGGAGCUAUUUUCAAGAUUGUACGGCAAACCCGGUUCAAAAGAGUUUUGAAAUUAUGUGGUGGGUAUGAUUAUGAGUUCUUGCGUGAGUUUCUAGUAACAAUUAAAUUGAUGGGAGGUUACGGGUGA